GCGCAGAGAGGGUCUAGAGGGCGGAGGGAGGCGGCGUCUCCGGGGACACCUGGCCCAGGUGGGGGGAGCGUCACGUGGCGCCGCCGCCUCCCGGCCCGGCAGCUUCCGCCUCCUCCCAGUGGGGAAAUGCCCGGGCCGCUGGCGGCUCGCUGAGCGACCUCCAGGGGCUGCAGCGCCGAGCCCGCGCCGCCAUGAGUAAGCUCGGCAAGCUGUUCAAGGGAGGCGGCCCCGGGCGCGCCAAGGGGCGCGCGGGCCCCACGCCCCAGGAGGCCUUAGCCCGGCUGCGGGAGACCGAGGAGAUGCUCACCAAGAAGCAGGAGUACCUGGAGACCAGGAUCCAGAGGGAGCUGGCCGCGGCCAGGCAGCACGGCACCAGGAACAAGCGAGCUGCAUUACAAGCCCUGAAGAGAAAAAAGAGGUACGAGAAACAGUUGAGCCAAAUUGAUGGGACGCUCUCCACCAUCGAGUUCCAGCGGGAAGCAUUGGAAAAUUCCCACACCAAUACAGAAGUGUUCAAGAAUAUGGGCUAUGCUGCACAAGCAAUGAAAAAAGUGCAUGAAAAUAUGUAAGACUAGACAAAAUUGAUUCUUUGCAUGGAUGAUAUCACUGAACAGCAAGCGGUUGCCCAGGAGAUCUCAGAAGCUAUUUCAAACAGAGUUGGGUUUGGUGAUGAGUUUGAUGAGGAUGAGUUGAUGGCAGAACUGGAGGAAUUGGAGCAAGAAGAACUGAAUAAGAAAAUGACGGAUGUCAGAUUGCCAAGUGUCCCAUCCACAUCACUGCCUUCCCGCCCUGCAUCCUCCAGGAAGAGAGUGGAAGAUGAAGAUGAUAUGAAGCAGCUGCGGCUUGGGCUUCGUAACAUCAGACUGCAGUGUUUAGAACAACAGGUUUCUUAUGAUACACGUGUAAAGAGUUGCAAUAAUAAUAUUUUAUAUACUUAACAAGUCAGACCCAAUUUGAUCGCUUGUUUUACUUGGUAGGGCCAAAUGAUUUUUUUUUUAAAACUUCGAUACUAUUUUUAAAUGUGGUGUUUUGUUGGGGUUUUUUAAGAGAUUUUCAGGACUUGGCCAGUCUUGUCAUUUUUACAGUGAAGAAUCCAAAUGGAAUUUUUAUUAAGAAGAGCUUUUACUGGGUAGUGCAUUACUACACAGUAUUUUUGUGAGACACUAAGGCCCCAUGUACACACGUGACCAAAUUCACUGCUGGAGUGAAUGUUUGAAAUGUUGUAAAGUCAUCAAGGUUUACAAGCAGUGGUCAGUCUGGCUCAGAGUAUUUGAAAGCUAGUGGAACAGCUUCCAUAAGCUGCUCUGAGCACAUGGACCCAAUGGGGCUGAAUGUGGGCACAGAUCAUCCACCUAGAGCAUCUUGCGGUAUCAAGGUCACAGACUGUAAGCUUCUUGGGGCAGAAUCUUCUAUGGAAGGCUUUGGGUUUUUUUUUUUUCCUGAAAAUCACCAUAUACACCUAUAUAAUUAGUUAUAAUCAAGGUUUAAAAUCAGUUCAGGCUCAUUCAGUGAAAAUAAAGUUUGGCUCUUAAGUGUGACUAAGGGAAAACCAGAGUGUAGAAUUAGUUUUAAUCUAGGUCCCUGCUGGUUUAAAACUGAUUCAGCUAACUCUGUUAAGACCCAGAGGAGAUGUGGCCUAACUACUGCUUAUAUGCAACCCAACUUAACCUUUCCAAGAUGAGUCUUACCUUCAUAUUACAGAUUGUUAGAAGAAGUCAUAAUGGGACUUGUAAUGCUGUGAUUCAAAACAUUGGUUUCCAAGCAUUAAUUUUCUGUACUGAGAUGUGAAUGGAAAUUGUAUCAAAGUGUUAUAUUUGAAAUUUCUUUUGACGUCUUCCUUUGAAUGCAAGUGAUUUGUGAUGUUUAUGUACAGUAUUGCACAACUGAUCCUUUUUAGUCUAAAAGGACAAUUAUUUUGAGCGCUGAAGUACGGCGUAUGCAGAGAAAUCAAAACAAGCAAAAUUUAAAUAUGCUUCUCUGUCAAAGUGAAUUUUGAUGUUAAACGAGACCUGACUUAGUAACCCACUGCCAUCUGCAGUGAAAUAGUGAAACACUUAAGUUGCGAGGUUUUCUAGAGUACUGGAAAUCAAAGUAGUACUGAUCUGGGUUUCUUGUUUUAAAAUUAUAAUUGGUAAUCAGGUCAGCCAGGAAACAGUGGACAACGGGGGCUCUUUAUCCUUGCAGUAGCACCAGAUUAACCACUUAAGACUGUGCCGAGCACUUUGGCCUCACACCAGCAAAUGACUUCAGUCGCCAUUCUCCUGAAUUUAAUGUUAAGCAUGGGCUUGUGUGUGUCUGACUGGAUAAAGCCCAGAGUGCUCAGCAUCAUGCUGGAUUGAGCCCUGUUAGUGGAAUAGGUUUGAAAUUACAAAUAUGACUGGCUGGAUUCUCCUUUCUUACCCUAGUACAGAACUAUUGUAACUUCACUGGAGUUACUUUUGAUCUAUGCAGGUAUGAAUAGAGAAUCGGGUCUGUGUGCUAGGCUAAGCAGCUAAGUGGCUUGUUAGGCCUCAUCUACACUAAAGGGAAAAGUUGUUCUAAGCUACACAAUUUGAGUUUAUAGCGUAACUCAAUCGAUGCAACUUAGAUCUACUUACUGUGGGCUCCACACUACGCAACAUCAACGAGAGACACUCUCCUGUCAACUGCCCUUUCUCUUCUCGAUCAGGUGGAUACAGGAGUCAACGGGAGAGCGAUCAGUGGUCGAUUUAGCCAGUCUUCACGAGACCCACUAAAUCCACCGCCGAUGUAUUGAUUGCCACAGCAUAGGUAAGUGUAGACAAGCCCUUAGAGAGACCCAGGUGCAUGUGCAACUCUGUUCCAGAGCUAGGAGGCACCAGAAAGAAUCUUUCUGGAGCAAGAGAAAGAACUUUGUAGGUCUCUAUUAAAACAGUAUUUUAAUUUAAAAGACUACACUUUAAAAUAUAUAUGGAAACUAAUACAGUAACAUAACAGUGUCGUUCACUUAUAUUGAAUUCUAAAAUGCAAGACAAGAUACUGACGAGAAGCUGCUGGACUAGGGGGUUUAUUAAAACAACCUAAUCUUCUGCAUAUUCAGAUCUGUUUUCUGUGCAAUUUGGUGAGUCACACUUUCGAGGAUUAAGCAGCUUAUCUAUUGUAAAUGUACCUAAGUUAUGGAUAAACCGGGUAAUAGUGAUAGACUGCUUAGGCACAUAAUGGCCAAGUGUUCAAACGAUCUGAUCACUAUGCACCACCUCUGGCAGUUCUAUACAUAAGUUAGGCAGUGCCAAUCUGUUUACAUGCUUAGUUUAGAAAGACUGGCCCAUAGAAUCUGUUUUUUCUCAAGUUAGUAGUUUUCCAAUACUUAACACUUAACCUAUUCAAAGUGCUUGACUAACGCUAAUUAAAUACAGUGUACAUUUGAUUGUACCUUUUAGAAGUAACCGGAGAUAUUUGUAUUGCUACUUAAUUUCUCUUGAAAAUAAAGACAUGGUUCCUGGAAA